ACUUUCCCUGCCAUUUUUCUUUUCCUCUCCCAUUCUAGUUUACUCACUUUCAUUUCAUAAAUUCUUCUUCUAUAGAAACCGCUGUCUAGCAUGUUUACAGGCGCAUGUGUUGGAAUUUUGGGGGAUUUCUUGCGAUGUCUUGUAGRGUUAUUCCUCUACUUUUAGGUCGCAAACACAGAAGAAUCGCCUGGGUUAUUUGUUUUCUUUUGAUAUUGUACAUAUUAUAUCAGCUGUUAAGCAAUCAAGAAGUGCAAGUUGAAGAAUCUGACAAUGACCCGAGUCUGCGAGAAUGGACGGUGGAGCGACCAUGCAAUGCUCUGCAUAUUCGCGAGAAAUUAUGUCAGGAAUAUUUAGAUAACAAGAUUGGUGGGAAUAUUUGUGAAGAUCUUUGCUUAAAAGACACUAUAUCACUUGAACCAAUAUGCAGUGCAAAGAAAGAAACUACUAUAGUAAUAUUUGGAAGAUUGAAGGAUGAAGAGAUUGUCCUUAAAGCAAAGAAAAACUCUCAUCGCUAUAAUGAGUUAGAUGAGGAACUGGGCUUUGCUUUCCAAAACCAAGGACAUGAUCAAAACAGACUGCAGGCCUUUAUCAACAUUAUUCAUAACCACGUCAUCCAAGAAAUCUAUAUAGAAMAUCUCAGAAGUAAAAUAUCACCAAGUGAAAUGUUUCAACACAUGUAUCAUCCUUUUUCACCAAAAAAUAUUUCACCAGUUGAAAUGARAAGCCUUUGGGCAUUACUGCAACAAGAGGAGUAYAUCAAACUACAACUUCUCAAGGGCAGUAAACAUUUUCCUAGAAUUUACGGCUUCUGUGGACACUACUAUGCCAUUGAGAGAGUAACAAGCCUUAACGAUUUAGUGGGUAUUACAAAACUUCCUCUACCCUGGUCUAAAAGGGUUGAAAUUGCUUUGGAAUUACUGGAAUUGACYACAGAGUUUAAAAGUACUUCAAUUGGUAGUCUUGCACACUGCGAUAUUCAGCCAGGAAAUUUUGGCYUUGCUAAAGAUGGYAGAGUUGUUGCCUUGGAUAUUGAUACAGUCUUUACAGARUCUCAAAUGGAURCYUACAUGGCUGACGGYACUAAUUGUUCAUCACACUCCCAAUGCACGUUUUUUGACUGCAUGUCUAUUUGUGAAAAUGGAAAGUGYUCCAAUAAGAUUCUUUCAAAUAACUUGCACAUYAUUUGUCGUGAUCUCUUUGACUCAGGAUGGACAUUGCCGGGAUUACUAGGCCCUCUGUCAGGGAAGACAUUUUUGGUAAACCAGUUGAAAAUGUAUUUGCGUCAGUGCGCAGAUAAAACAAAACUCCCAUGGUCAGUGCAUCAUGAGGAUKUAUUAAAAAAGAAAAUAUACAGCUUACUUAUGAAAAGUACCAAAACAUGAAUGCAUAAAUAAUAUAAUAUAUUUUAUGCCAAACUUAACAAACUUAGUGCAAUUUUUUCAACAUACUUAUCCAAGAUAUAUAAGAUAUUAUAGA